GAUCAGGUGAAGGUCCUUCCUUACUUUACCAUAACAGAAUUUUUCUCACAAAAUCAUACUAGAAACUGCAAUGUAUGUCACUUAUCACACUGUAGAGGUUACCAAUCAGUGCACACCUGCUUAUUCCAUGGCUCAUCUUUAAAAGGUACUGUCAUCAUUGCUCAAUUUGAUGUGAACAAAAUCUAG